ACAGACCGGUUCAACUAAACUGCCCGUUUCCACUCCAUCUUGCCCGUGCUGCCGCGCCUUCGGCUUGCUUUCCAACAACCAAAAGAUCAUUCAGCGUCGUCUUUGUUCUUCUCCAGCUCGCUGCAAGUUAGGGCAAAGAAGAAGCAAGCUUCCCCCCACUCCCAAUAUUUUCUGUUUCAGCUUCUGGACUCGUAGACAUGCCAUUCGUAUCGGAAAUACAGAGACAAUCUGAUUUCAAUCACUUUCCCUCCACCACUCCCAUCGUUAUCGACAAUGGCGCCUCCUCUUUUCGCAUUGGAUGGGCAGGAGAGUCCGACCCUCGCGUUAUUUUCAGGAAUAUUGUCCAGAGACCUCGCCACAAAGCCACUGGUGAAACGGUUACUAUAGUUGGAGACCAUGAUCCGUCUUUGAUGAAAUAUUUUGAUUGCACACGUUCAGGUCCUCGCUCUGCUUUUGAUGGCAACGUUGUUUAUCAGUUUGAAAAUAUGGAAUACGUUCUUGACUUUGGAUUUGAUCGGCUUGGAGCAACUGGACCAGAGAUUGAUCACCCUAUCCUGAUUACAGAAUGUGUCUGCAAUCCAGUUCAAUCUCGUAGUAAAAUGGCAGAGCUUUUGUUUGAGACCUAUGGAGUUCCUUCAAUAGCAUAUGGUGUCGAUGCGGCAUUCAGCUAUAUGUACAACCAACAACUUGGGAUAUGCGAUAAAGAUGGCCUUGCUAUUUGCCCUGGAUUUACUGCUACCCAUGUUAUUCCGUUCAUCGAUGGGGAGCCCCUUUAUAAAGGAUGCUGCAGAACCAAUAUUGGUGGAUAUCAUGUGACUGAUUCUCUGAAGCAACUUCUUUCACUCAAAUAUCCUCAUCACAUGACCCAGUUCACGUGGGAGAAGGUUGAAGAUCUGAAGAUGGAGCAUUGCUAUAUAGCUUCAGAUUAUGCAUCUGAGGCUCAAUUGUUUCAGAAAGGGACCAAGGAAGUAGAAGAGAAAACUAGGUGUUGGCAACUCCCAUGGAUUCCACCACCUACUGAAGAGCCUCCUUCAGAAGAAGAGAUCGCAAGAAAGGCCGCUAUUAAGGAGAAACAAGGUCAACGAUUGAGAGAAAUGGCUGAAGCAAAAAGAUCUUCAAGGAUCAAUGAGCUUGAAAAUGAAGUGCGUGGUUUGGAGUUUCUUUUACAUCAGCUUGUGCAAGUGUCCGAGGUUGAUAUUCCAUCCUUCUUGUCAGAGACUGGGUACGUCUCUAAGCAGGAAAUUGAAUCUGCUCUGACCAAAACAACACAAUCUUUGCGGAAAGCAAAGGGUGAACGCAAGGAUGAUCAAGCGGAAACUGAGGAUCAUACAGAUGCUACAAAUGAAAAGUUUCAUCUUAUCAAUGUCCCUGAUGACAUGUUGUCACCUGAACAGAUCAAAGAGAAAAGAAGGCAAUUGUUUCUCAAAACCACAUCUGAAGGGCGGCAGCGCGCCAAGCAGAAACGUUAUGAAGAAGAGUUAGAAAGAGAAAGGAGAAGCCAGCUGGAUGAAGAAAGAAGAAUGGAGAACCCUGAGCUUUAUUUAGAGGAACUGUAUGUCAAAUACAAGGAGCUGUCUGAAAAAGUGGAGCAGCGAAAACGAAUCAAGACUAAUGGAGGCCAUACAAAUGGGAAUAAUUUAUCUGGAGUAGGACGUGGUGAGAGACUGAAUGCUGCCCAGAGGGAGAGGAUGCGACUUUUAACGACAGCAGCCUUUGAUCGUGGGAAGGGUGAGGACACCUUUGGUGCAAGAGAUGAAGAUUGGCAGCUUUAUAAACUUAUGAGCAAAGAUAACAAUGAUGAUGACGAUGAAGGCCCAGAUGAGGAUGAAGCUGAAUUGGUUCGUUUAUCCUCUAGGCUCCAGGACAUAGAUCCCACUUUUGUUCUGAAGUCAGAUGUUCAACCAACUGAAGUGCCAAAAUUUCGUCCACUUACCAAGGAAGACUUCCAGAUUGUUAUGGGGGUUGAAAGGUUUCGAUGCCCUGAAAUUCUAUUUCAUCCCAACUGGAUUGGAGUUGACCAGACAGGAUUAGAUGAAAUGACUGGUGUCUCAUUACGGAGAUUGCCAUCGUACAGUGAUGAUAUUGCAGAAAGAUUAACUAAUUCAGUACUCAUUACAGGAGGAAGUUGCCUUUUUCCUGGCAUGAGGGAACGCUUAGAGGCUGGAAUUCGGAUGAUCAGGCCAUGCGGGUCGCCUAUUAGGGUGGUCAGAGCAUUGGAUCCAGUUCUCGAUGCAUGGCGGGGGGCUUCUGUUUAUGCUGCUGCUUCACAAUUCACAACACAGACUUUCAGUAGGAUGGAUUAUUAUGAGAAGGGCGAGGAUUGGCUCCGCAGAUACCAAUUACGGUACUCACUUUAAGUUAAGUUUAAGUUCGUUGAUGGCUGCUGUAUCCUUGACAAUCCAUGUUUAGUAGAUGUAUACUACUUCCUACCCCAUGAUCUGACAUGCUUUGCAUAUAAUGUCGAUAAUCAAUCCAUAUCCUUUGCAAAUUACCUGGAGUUCCACCAGCCCGUGUAUUUAUUCUUAAUUUUUAGGUGAACGUUUCAUUUUC